CGUUGUUUUUCUUCUGUGUGUGUUUUUCAUUUUUUUUCUUCUUGUUGAAUUGCUGAUCUAUGAUGGCGAAUGAUAAUGGUGAGGAAUCGAGUGAUACUGGUAGAAAUCCUAAUGGUAUUGGGAUUGAAAAUGCCAACUCUUCCUUGUACAUGCAUCCCUCUGAUAAUCCAGGUGCAGCAUUGGUACCAAUUCCUUUCGAUGGAACAGGAUUUAGGUCAUGGAAGAGAGGUGUUUACAGAGCCCUCUCAGUGAAGAAUAAACUCGGUUUUGUUAAUGGAGAGUGCAAGAGGCCAGAUCUGGAGACGCCUCAAUAUCGUCAAUGGGAAAGGUGUGAUAACAUUGUUACCUCUUGGAUUUUGAACUCGCUUGUUAAGGAAAUUGCAGAUAGUGUGGAGUAUGUGAAUGAUUCGUUCGAAUUAUGGAGAGAAUUGGAAGAUUGAUAUGAUCAAACAAAUGGAGCAAAACUCUACCAGAUUCAAAGGGAGAUAAAUGAUUUGUCUCAAGGAACAUCAGAUAUCACAACGUACUAUACUAGGAUGAAGAGAUUGUGGGAGGAAUUAAGCACUCUACAUGUUAAAACUCAGUGUAAAUGCAACUGCAGUUGUGGAGCAAAGGAGAGUGUUUUCAGAGCAGAACAAGAGAGAAGAUUAAUUCAAUUCCUUAUGGGACUGAACGAGACUUAUACUGCAGUUCGAGGAAACAUCCUUAUGAUGAACCCGCUACCAUCGCUUGCACAAACUUUUUCACUGUUAGUGCAGGAUGAAAAACAGCGAGAAAUCAAGCCUAACACUCAGCUGUUCAUGGAGUCUACUGCUCUUAAUGCAGGUAAUUCUGGAAAAAUGAUGAUGGAAUCAGGCUCAUUCAAUGCUAGUAGUUCAGGAGGAGCCAGUACCUCUAGACAGCCUCGUCAAAAUGCAGCAGGUAACAACAAUUUUAGAACCAACUACUCUCAGACAACUACUUAUAAUGGAAAUAGGGGUCGUCUAGUAUGUGACUACUGCAGGAAGACAGGCCAUACUAGGGACAGAUGCUAUAAACUUCACGGAUACCCACAAGCCAAUCCUCAACAAUCAAACAACAAUCAGAAUUCUCAAAAUGGAUAUCGCAGUAACAAUCAGAAUUUCAGGAAUACCAAAGGCAAAGGUCCUAUGAAUGAUGUGCAUGGUUUCUCAUCCAAUGUGAUGACGAAUGGAUGUGAGGAACAUGCUGGUACACAUGAUACACAGAGUCCCAAGCUGACAAGAGAACAAUAUGAGCAGUUUGUGAAUCUACUGCAACAUUUCCAAUCAGAGAGUCGCGGGGAUAAUGCUUCAAACAUGGAUCAUGUAAAUGGCAAUGUGAACUUUGCAGGCCCCUUCAAUGAGGAGGCCUCUGGAAAUUGGUAAAGUCAGAAAUGGAUUAUAUUUUCUCUGUCCCAAAUGUGUGAAGAACAACAAUCAUUCUGAUAUGAAGUGUGCUGUUCCUGCUCAUGCUGCUUCAAGUGUUCUUACUUACAGUUCAAAUUCUUGUACUGCUACUCAAUGUAAUCAUCUUUCCAAUAUAGAUAGCAUAUCUAGGAAGAAUAAGUGUUUACACAAAUCCACUAUGCAG